UUCAGCAGUGGAUUACGAGGGAGUCUAGGUGGGCGUAGAACUUCUGGCAUACUCCACAUUGGACUUUCUCUCUCUGUCCUCUCACGCUCCGGCGGCGACGUAUCUCGCUGGCGUUUCUUAUUGCGCGGAAACGUUACUUGUAUUGUUGCUGGCAGAAUUGGGGUUCCAGGAGGAUGUUUAAACGUUUUGUGGCAGGCGAGACCACCAAUGUUGCCAAAGUCGCGUAGACAAAAUUCGCAUCGUAGUGAAGCAGGUUGUGGGAUGAGUUGGAUGCGAGGUGCGUCUUUUUGGGGGUUCUCAGGAUGCCGUGCUCUAAUAUGA